CCAACUGGUAGGUAAUUUCCAACUGCGAUUUUCUUGCUCUAUCUUUCGAGCACACGUUUGUAUUUGAUGUCAGAAGGUUGACAUGUACGCAGCUACGUAGUUCUGCAUCCGCACUUCAAGAAUGUAGAUGGCGUCCCACCACGAAAAUUCUUUCUCUCUCUCUCUCUCUCUCUCUCUCCAGUAUUGACGAGUUUCUCGAGUUGCCGUCUUUACGUAUUUACGUUGGUCCGCCCGAGUUUGGAAAAUUGCAUCUCAUUUUACUCAACGAUGGAUGACGCUGGGCCGAGUGCGUCGUCCGCGCAAUCCGCGACGACAAAGCACGAGGAAAGGCUGAAACGACUCCGAGAACUGCACGCCAAGAGGAACGAGGCCAGAAUGCAGAACCACAAGGAAGUCGUGGAGGAGGAUAAGAGGAACAAGCUGCCUGCCAAUUGGGAAUCCCGCAAGAGGCAGGCCGAGUGGAUAAUGCAGGACGAAGCUGCUAGAAAAGAGGCAGAGACUAAGGGUGAAGACUACGAACGGAAAAAAUUGCUGAGUAUCGAUGCCACGGAAGCAGAGAGAAUAGCCAGGAAGAAGAAAAGCAAACAGAAUCCCGAUCCAGGUUUCUCGGACUACGAGCAAGCGGCGAUACGUUGUUACAACAGACUGGUGAAAAACGUUAAACCGAACAUGGAGGCAUAUGAGGAGGCGAAGGAGAAGUUAGGACCUGCUUUUUACGGCGAUCCGAACACGAUAUUGCACGGUUUGCACGAAGACAAAAAAGAAGCGGUAGAUAAAAUGGUUACCAAUUUGGAGAAGCAGAUUGCAAAACGAGAGAAAUACAGUAGACGUAGAAUGCACAAUGACGACGCGGAUAUCGAUUAUAUCAACGAGCGUAACGCCAAGUUCAAUCAGAAAUUGGAGAGAUUCUACGGCGAGUAUACUCGGGAAACGAAGCUAAACUUGGAGAGGGGUACGGCUAUAUAACGGAAAAACGUUGCUGUAAUUAUCACAAAUACUUGUAUUUUACGUAUUAUACGAUGACUUUUUAUACAAAUAAGAAUCUGGAGGGAAAAGAAUUUUGUAGUGUUUAGUAGAAUGUAUCUUUUGUUGCUUUUACUGGCGCCUAAUCUCUGCGAUAUGCGAAAAUCUGAAAACGCGUAGAGGUUACCUCGACAAGAGAGAAAUGUAAUUGCCAGAAAACGGGCAAUGUGCACUAACCGUAAAUAAAAAAUUAAGUUAAAUUA